AGUAGGGCAUCGAUCAGCCGCGCCCACCCCAAUCUCGCUGCCGCCUCCACCGAUCGCCGGCGGCGGCCACCCACACCCACCGUCACCCCCAACCCCAGGCACUCUCGCUCCACCGGUCACCGGGGGCGGAAUUUGCUCGUUUGUUUGUCCGAUCCGAUGGAUCUCUUCAUGGAGCUGAAGGAGCGCCAUGAUUACGUCCCUCCAGAAGAUUUCAUCACCCGAGUGUUGCCGCCCGAGGCUUUCGCCGACAGCCGUGACAUCCCGGAGUAUGAGGUCGCGUUCAUCAGAGUGCCCCUGUACGAGCUCCGUGACCCCGUCGACAAGGGCCUCAUGAGGAAGCGCAUUGAGGAGCAGCGGCGGCGGGAGGCGGAGAGACGGCGGCAGCUUGAGAAGGAUAUGCGGCGGUGGGAGGAGGAGGAGGAGGAGGAGGAGGCAUGGCCGUGGGAGGACGACGACGACGACUUCCUGAGGAUGUCACAACAGCUGUCAGUAAUCUGUUCAGAAAGCCGUGGGAAGAGAGGGGAUUGGCCUAAUAUGAAGGCAACAAGAAGAGGGAGAAGAAGAACACAUGCAUUAACCCCAGACAAUGAGGAGGAGGAGGAGAAUUUGAGUGAGCUGGAGCUAGCCGUGGAGAACACACGGCGCAGGAUACAUCACUGCAACUGCAACCACAUCCCGCGUCACACCCUCUUCACGAGCCACGCCGAUGUGGAGGAGCUCUUCCUCCCUUUCAAGCUGGAAGAGCCUUACCUCUGCUUUGCCUCGCGAUGCCAGAAGUCUGCGCCCUCCUACGCUCACUUCUUCCCCGACUUCAACCGUUCACCGCGUAUAACGUCUGAUUGGCUGCGUCCUUCUACGUUUGAAGGGGACCUACAAUAUAUCCUAUUCUUUCACAAGCUGAUGGAUACCGUGGAGUGUGGUAACACAGAAGAUACAGUUCUAGCCAAAGCCAUCACCAUUGCAACACAAUCUUAUCAGAAGAUGCUGUACUUCCAAAUUGAAGCUGCUGUGCAAGAUUGCUUGGAGCUUCUUAAGGAAAUGGAGAGGAUGAAUGAUAGAUACGACUUCUAUCAUUUCAUUGCAUCUGAGAUCCUCUUCAACAACAAGUCAUAUGAAGAUGUGCUCAAGCUUAUACGCGAUGGGCAUGUAGAGUUACACUACACGCUUAAAGAGUUCAGCACUCCCCAUGCUGAUCACCACAUGGAUGAUUUGGUUCAUCGCCUUGUGGGCAGGACUCGUGCUUAUAUGCCCACAGAUGCACAACGAGAGUGUGGAAUGUUCAAGGACUGGGUGUGUCAGCAGGUUGAUAAGGAGUAUGGAUCUCUUGGUUAUCUUUACAUGCAUUUUCUUGAUAACAAGAUGAGAGCUUGGUUUGCCCCAUUUCCUGAAGUGCUGAAGGAUCUGAAGUACUCUGAAACUCAUGAAUGGGUUAGUGUUGAAGGCGAUUAUGCAACAAUUGGGAUUUCAGAUCAUGCCCAGGACCAUUUGGGUUAUGUUGCGUCUGUGGAGCUCCCAGAAGUUGGCCAAAGUGUAUCCCAGGGAAAUAAAUUUGGUGUUGUUGUAAGUGUGAAGGGAACCACCAGGGGUAUUAACUCACCAGUAUCUGGAGAGGUUGUUGAAGUGAAUGAUCAACUAAGCGAUUUACCUGGAUUGGUAAAUGCAAGGCCAUACGAGACAGGGUGGAUUAUCGUGGUCAAGAUCAGUGAUUCAGGCGAGCUCAAUUCGCUCAUGAAUGACGAGGAUUACUCAAAAUUUUGCAAGGGAGAAAAAGACAAGUAUUGAACAAAUUGCAGUGAGUCUUGAUCCUUGUCAAUGCUUGUGAUGUGCCAUAUCACUUACCAAUCUGUUGGUCUGUAUCAUGUUGGCAUUCGCUAACACGUAACGUGAUGCUCAAACAGACUCAGGAACAUGUUGGAAUCCCUUCCCUGUUUAUGUUGUUUAGGAUGAAACUGUUGUCGCAAGUGAACAUGCAAGUAUAGCACCCCUAAUUAAGCUAUAAUGAUGCCAAUUCUGCCAAAA